AUGAGUCACAAGAAACAAGCAGUUGUUUCACCUUCAGAUGAUCUUAAUAAUCUUUUAAAUGAUACUACUAUUUCGCAAAGUACAAGCACUAAAAGAGGUCACAAAAAGAAGCAACAAGAAGAAAUAGAUAUGCCUUUACCCCUAAAUAACUAUGACAAUAAUACACAAAGUAAAAAUAAAAGGAGGCACAAAAAAAAGCAUAAAAUGGUUGCAUCUCAAACAUCACAAAUAAUCACUGAACUUUUAAAAGAUGGUAAUUCUAAGAAGAGUAUGUUUGAGGAGUUGGUGCUGAAAAUCUUCAAGUGUGAACUUAAUUCUGCUGAAGGCAUCGAAUCUGUGACAGGCCUCUUGCAAAAAGAAGAAAUUAUUAUUUUUGUAAACGAGUCUGCAACUGAAAAGGUGCUAGGUCGGUGGUUAAAUGCAACUAAUAUGGAUGAAUUAAAGGCACAAAAUUCUAUAUACCAUUUAUAUAAAUUGAUCUAG